AUGGUCACCAUGGAAGCUUCAAUCCCCAAAUCAAACCCUAACCCAGUGGCUAACGAAGGAACCGCAAAGGCCUCUCUCUACGAACAAUCCAGAGAAGAGAGGAUCAAAGAGAAUCUCCAGCGGAUGCAAAAUCUCGGCCUCUUGAAUCUCGCCCAGAAUCUCAAAUCCGAGACCCAACCCGUCAAAAGGAGAUACACUCGUCGCACCGAUUCCGCCCAGAAAUCGCCUGCUCCCCUUCAGCCUUCCCGGCGAUCUUCUCGAUUGGAGAACGCGACUCCAGUUAACUACAACGAUGGAGUCAAUGAGAAGAGUAAAGCCUCGAAACGAGAGUGUGUGGUGGUGAUUGGUGAAGGCGCAAGGCCUGAGAUUUACACUGAGGAACAUGAGAAGCUGCUUGGUAACACAGAACGAGUCUGGACUUGCUUCGUUGAUGGUUACGCUAAGGAUGGUAAACGGAUGCAUGAUCCUUUCAAGGGCAAAACUUGUCACCAAUGCAGGCAGAAGACGCUUGGUCAUCGCACACAUUGCAGCGGUUGCGAGAUGGUCCAAGGACAGUUCUGUGGAGACUGCUUGUAUAUGAGAUAUGGUGAACAUGUGAUGGAAGCUCUGGAGAAUCCGGACUGGAAAUGCCCUGUUUGUAGAGGGAUUUGCAAUUGCAGUUUGUGCAGGAAUCAUAAAGGAUGGGUUCCUACUGGUGCGAUCUACAGAAGGAUAGCUAAGCUAGGGUACAAGUCUGUUGCGCAUUAUCUGAUUCAAACCAAACGGGCUCAAACCGAUGAUGACGAUGAUGAUAGUACUCCGAGUCAAGCUUCUGCAAAGAGAUCACUUUCCUUCAAAGAAGCCAAACCACUUUCUGAGAUUGCUGCUGGUGAUGAUAAUGAUCUCAGUGAAGAAGUAGUGCUAAUGCUUCAGAAUGGUGAUUCCUUGAAGAAAGAGGAAGAUGAGAAUCCGAACUCGGCGAAAAGGUCGCUGAGCUUCGUCGUGCCUUCUUCUGUGGAUGAUCAAGCUCCAUUGGUCGAUGAUCUCGAGGCGCCAAAGGAGGAUAACCAAGAACGUUCAUGUGCCCACAUUGGUGAUCAUUCAAGAAGUGAAGAAUUGCUUCCUGAGGAAACUCAGACUCUUCUUGGGGCCGAUGUUAAGGUUCUCAGCGAUGAGACAGAGAUUGGUGAUGAUGAUCUCACUGAAGAAGUAGAACCAAAGCUUCAGAAUGAUGAUGAAAGUACGGAUGAGAAUCCGAAUUCAGCUAAAAGCUCGCUGAGCUUCGUCUUGCCUUCUGCUGUGGAGGAUCAAGCCCUAAUUGUUGAUGUUGUUCAGGUCAUAAGUGAUCUCGAGGCGCCAAAGGAGGAUAAUCAAGAACGUUCAUGUGGCGACAUUGGUGAUGGUCUUUCAAGAAGUGAAGAAAAGACAGGAGAAGGCUCGAGCUACUUGCUUCCUGAGGAGAAUCAGACUCUUCUUGUGGUCGAUGUUAAGGUCCUCAGCGAUGAGACAAAGACCGUAGGUAACGCAGUGAAGACUCGAGGCACGAGGAAUAAGAGGAAAGCUCCUCCGCCUCCUAGUCCAGAUAGCAUUGGUGCAAGACUAAGGCAGCGUCGAAGGUGCUAA